UGAGCGAGUGUAUGGCAGGGGAGAGAUCACAAGGGCAGGUGGGAGGGAGAACCUGGGCACUCUGCAGACCUUCUCAAUAGCGAGUCGGUUUGGGAGGACGGCAAGCGCAUGGCGCUGGUAACGUAACAAGGAAGAUUCAGAAGGGUUGUGUCAUCUUUAGGUGUGUGCGCCUCUGGGUAUCUGGGUGUAGGUAGCUGUUGUUGUGCAGUAUGAAACAUUGUAUGUAUGAUGAAUCGUGAGUGAGGGGGAGGAGGGACGGUGAGAUAGAUAGAUCACACACACACACACACACACACACACACACACACACACACACACACACACACACAGAGAGAGAGAGAGAGAGAGAGAGAGAGAGAGAGAGAGAGAGAGAGAGAGAGAGGACUUACUGUAAAACGUGGGUAGAUUCAGAUCAUUCAGUUACCCGGCAGAAGCGGAGAUCUGAAACGCGGCAGGAGGAAGAGGAGGGAGAUAGAGGGAGAAUGUGGUGAUUGCAGUUGAUGAAGUGGGUUGAACCUUGGACUGAAAUAGAAAUUGACUGGAGGGGGAAGAGUGGAGUGGUGUGACACUGUGGAGUGGAGUGGAGUGGAGUGGUGAGUCGACAGUGUCACGAUGGCGGUGUUGGAUCUGGGAGGGGCUUUCACGCCCGUAGAGUCGCUCAUUGGCGGGAUACUUUUGGGGAUAUGCGUGUACUACUUGGCAGCAUAUAACGGCAAAGUGACGGGUAUCUCGGGGAUUGUCUCCUCGUUCAUCAACCUUGAUGAAGACUACGUCUGGAGGGGCAUCUUUCUCAUCGGCAUGAUCGGGACAGGGGCAGUCGCCUUCUGGACAGGUCUGGUCCAGUUUGAGAAUUUCAAAGACGGAGAGAAGUGGGGUCACUAUGCUCUCGCCGGUGUACUUGUCGGAUUUGGAACUAAGAUGGGCAUGGGAUGUACCAGCGGUCACAUGCUUUGUGGACUUUCCCGUCUGUCAGUCCGCUCCUUGGUUGCAACCAUGUCCUUCUUCAGCACUGCUGUAUUGGUUGCAUCCUAUUUCGAGCGGGGUAACGAUCUGCCUACGAGUGUGAGGAUCCCAUCGGCGACCGAGGCUUUGCCUCUUUUUGCCGUUCCUGUGGCCUUUAUCGUCGCCUUUGAGACCUUGCGGCUGCUUCAUUCGCGAAAUGCGCUUCCUGCACAUCUUGCAUUCCUCGUCACGGCGCUCUUGGGCGGCAUUGCGUUCUCAUUAGGUCUCAUCUUGUCGGGCAUGGUGCUGCAGUCGAAAGUCCUUGGCUUUCUGGACCCUUUCAAGCAUUGGGAUCCCUCUCUGCUGAUGGUGGUCGUAGGGGGUUUGCUACCCAAUGUCGUGCUUUACCGCGCCACGAUCUGUAAGAUGACUGCCCCCCUGUUUGCGAACAAGUUUGCAAUUCCAAGGAAAACAGAGAUAGAGUGGAAGUUGAUGGCUGGUGGAGUGCUGUUUGGACUUGGAUGGGGGUACCUGGGACUCUGUCCGGGACCGGCUCUGGUCAACUUACCGCGGUUCACCCCUCCUGUUCUGUUUUUUGCUGGAGCAAUGAUCGUCGGAAUGCGCCUUUUCGUUGGGUACUCCUGGCUUGUCAAAAAGCUGAAGCGUGAGUAAGUAGGGAAGGGAAGAACUUCCUCCCCCUGUAUGGCAUCACAAUAGCAAAGAAAGAAAAAGGUUGCUCGUUCUGGCUGGCAUCGCAGCAAGCUGAGGACAACUUGAAGAAAAACAAGAAAAACAAGAAAAACAAGAAAGAAGAAAAAGAAAAACAUUACCGUAACGGCAAUUCGCCUAGCUCGGUUGGUUAGGCACGCAAGUGGCUUUUCGGAGGAGGUUGUGGGUUCCAAUCCCCACUGACCGACCACCCGGGGCCACACACAUGGUGCCAAACCAAGUGAGAUAGUUGGCUUGCUGCCCCUGGUCGCUAUUGGCAGGGUGUUUGGCCAUCACGGGUGUGAGUGUGUGUGUGGGUUGGGUGUGUGGGGGUCGGGCGAGUGUCGGCCUUCGGCACUGCCGCUGCCGUUCCUCCUCUCUGGGGAGGGGGAAGUUGAUGGGAGGUGCAGCUUCUGGCAAAAUGCAUGGUCUUUGUGUUAGCCGCCCCCCCCCCCUCUCCACCGGUGGCCCCACCGUACUCCCUGACCACUGCUGAUUAGAGUUGGGGGGGGGGGGGAGCGCAGUGUGAAUCUUCUUGACUGUGAAAGGUAGCUACGCUUGCAGGAAUCCCACUGUAUAGGUUCUUAGCAAGUUAGCAGUACUGGUAGCAGCGGUAGGUAGGUAGGUAGGUAGGUAGGUAGGUAGGUAGGUAGGUAGGUCGGCUGUUUCAAAUUGUGGAUCUGAUGGGCAGUGACGGCCAGUGUUGGUAGGUGGGCUGUUGCAAAUUGUGGAUCUGACGGGCAGCGACGGCCACUGUUUUCUUUUUCUUUUCUUUUCUUUUCUUUUCUUUUCUUUUUUGCUUUUGCCCCGUGUUUGGAUGGUUGGUCCGGUUUUCAGGAGGUAGGGAUGGUGCAAGCAAAUUAUAAUUCCGCUUGCUCGGGUGGGCAAAAAUAAGAUCAUAGCGGCCAUGGUUGACAGAGAUCAUGGCGUAAUCCAGCUGACAUGUGUGACUUUAAGCGGAGGCGCUGUGAUGGAAAAACUUACUCUGUGUCUGUUUGUCAGUUGCAAGUCGACUUGUAAAUAUAAUGUGUUAAGAAGCUUAAAGUUUGUCUAUCUCAGUUAAAGUCGUCAAGUUACUACGGUGACAAAGCUUCCGUCUAGGUGUAGGUACUCUUAGACGCAGUUACUGUAGUGAAACCCUAUCAUUGCACCCUCAGCUGCUGACAUGUGACUUGUAAGCAGAGACGCUGUGAUGGAAGACUUAACUUUGUCAAUUACUAGACUUGAAAUUCAUGUGUUGAGGACUUGAGGAACUUAGUCGAUGUCAGUUGAAGUCGUAGUUACGACAGCGAAAAAAUUCGGUCUAUGAGUCGUCCGUUACUCUUCGACCCCAGUACAAAAAAAAAAAAAGAAAAAAAAGGCGUCUAUCAGUACUAAAACAAAAAAGGUGUCUAUCAUUGCAUCCCGUCGCAGUGUUCUGAUACUUUGUCAAUUCCAGUGCUAACUGUUGCAGGAAGAGUUACUGUGGUAAAAUGCUUAGCUGCCCCUCGCAGACGAGGUAAACUUUCUCCAGUGAACAACUUCCGGUUGCUAGUCCGUCAUCGUCAACCUAGUGGAGCGCAUGCGGAUGGUGUCCACAGCAGUCUAUUGUCAUCAUACCAGAUCAUGAUGGCUUGCACUCGCAUGCCAUAAUUUUGGCAUGCGCCUACAUUUUCUAGAUUUUCGGCUAUGAUGCUCUUGGACUUAGACUAGCGUCUUGGAAAUGUGAGUUUUAAACCCUUUCAGUUAUCGUCACAGUGCCAGUUACUAGAAAGUUAGUGGAAACUAGAAAUUUGUGAAUUUCUGAGACUCGAAGUCACUGUAGUAGUUCUCAGAAAUUUGCGAAUUCAGAAUCAUCACGAGGUCCUGGAGUGAGAGACGUGUGGGCACGCUGUCUGUCAUGCUUGCAGGAGGAGACCGAAACAAACUCGUGUUUCUCUG